AAGACCCAAAUCCACUGCGUGUCUGCUAUCAUUGAGAGUGUCAGCUAUCUCUUACAACAUAUCACAGACAUCGGAACUGAACUCAGUUCUGAUAUUCCUAUCUCUCACAACAUAUCAGGCUUUUAACAUCAUUCACUCCUACACAAUUCUUUCAUGCUAUCACAAGAUUUGCACUCCAAAGUCCUUUACUACAUUAAUGGCUGAUUCGAUUUCGAUAAUCCCUGUUCUUCCCAAUGAAAUCAUCAAAGAGAUUCUUUUAAAGCUGCCCCCGAAUUCGUUGUUGAAAUGCAUGUGUGUUUCAAAAUCUUGGCUUCAACUAAUCUCUAGCCCUCAUUUUGUAAAGACCCAUCUGAAAUUAACAGCUAAUGACAAAGGAUGCAGCCAUCAUAGAGUUCUAUUUCGAGGCCUCGAAAGAAAUUUUAAGUUUUGUUGUCUCCCUCCCUUGUUUUACAAAGAACAAAGCUUUGAGCUACUUGACAUGGAUUCUCCCGUGGAAAACCCUACUUUUUCUGCUUACAUUGUCGGUUCUACUAAUGGAUUGAUUUGUCUGUUCAAGCGGAAGAGGGAGACAUUUCUAUGGAACCCCACCAUUAGAAAGUCAAAGGAAUUACCUAAGUUACAAGUUGAUUUGACGUUGGGUUGCUCUUACUAUUGCAAAUAUGGUUUUGGAUAUGAUGAGUUACAUGACGAUUAUAAAGUAGUAUAUAUCGAUUAUUAUGGUAAUUCUUCCUAUAUCAACAUUUACAGUUUGAGGACUGAUUCUUGGAGAACAGUCAAUGAGCUUCAAGACAUCUUUCUAGUAAAUUCUUCGGGUAAAUUUGUCAAUGGGAAGCUUUAUUGGGUUUCAUCUACUGGUAUUGGUAUUAACAAUGUGUGCAACAUCAUUUCUUUUGAUUUAGCAGACGAGACAUGGGGAAAGUUGGAGCUUCCCAGUUGUGGAGAAGUCGAUUCUCAUUUCAUACUGGGAGUUGUGGGAAGUGAUCUUUCUCUGAUUUAUACUUGUCGUCUAGGUACUACUACUUCUGAUGUGUGGAUUAUGAAGGAUUGUGGAGUUAAUGUAUCUUGGACAAAAUUGUUCACCAUCAAAUAUCCUCAAAAUGAUGGGCUAUAUAUGUGUUCACCCAUUUUCACAUUUUCUAUACAUUUUCACGAGUCAAAUAAGGGUGAAUUUUUACUUUUUCUCCCCCCAUUGAUCAUGAUAUAUGAUGGUUCAACCAGACAACUAGAGCACGCUGAUGAUGUUAAGGGAUGCCCUGCAAAAAUCUAUGUAGAAAGCCUUGUUAAUCCCCUAACGAUAUCUGGCCGGGGACGUCGUAGCCUUGAAACCUCACAAUCACUUAGCUGAUAACUUGUAAGAGUUCUGCUUAGUUUAGCUGGUAUGCUCUUUUUGCACUUCUUUUUUUGUCAACAUAGGACAAGACAUUGAAUAUAUUUUUUCCUGAUAAGAUGACAAAACAUUGAAUAUAUAUGAAAAUCCAUUCAUCAUAGUUGCUUGUAUAGCUUGUAGUUCUUGUAAG